UGUAAACAAUAUUGCCUCCGCUUUUAUUGCUUUGUCCCGGGUCAUACGUGCAAUCAUCAUCUCCAUAGAAUUCACUUCUUUUAUCAUCUUAUUUCUCUCUCGUUCUUGUUUGUUUUAUCAGAUAGUUCACGGGUUUCUUGUCUCACUCUUUUCGUUCACGGGUUCACGAUCGCGAUCGCCUCACACUAUCGCACGACGGCACGAGACGUUAGGCGACGGUCGUCUUACUCGUUACGGAUCGAAAAAGUCUGAAAUUUUUUCGAGUUUGUUAAUUCUAACCACAGUUCUGUCUUUGAGUUUCAGCCAAGACUCGAGAAUCAAGCGCAUUUUCAAGAUGUCUUGACGCUUUUAGUCAAAAUUUGUUGUACCUACCCAAUCCACCUGACCAGUGCACAGGAAGUUUGCUUCCCAGAGAAUGCUGAUUGUUGUAGAGUAAUCAAGAGCAUUAGUUUUGAAGAACCUCACACACAACAUAGUUUUCUCAAGCUGUCUGUUUCAGGAGAAUAUUUCAAGUCUUUUCGUUUGUUCCUGCUCAUAGGUACGCUAGCUAAGUAGAAUAAAUUUAAAAUGGAAAGUGGAAGUCGGAAAAAUGAUGACUGCUACUUCUAUUACUACUCUACAUGCACAAAGGGUUCAGAGUGCCUGUUCAGGCAUGAACCGACUGCAUUAGGUUGUGAAGUAACGUGUAAUCUCUGGCAGCAGGGAAAAUGUAUCAAUUCUCAUUGCAAUCUCCGACACAUGCUACUAAAGAAAAACCGGAAAAUGAUACCAUGCUAUUGGGAGAUGCAGCCAACCGGUUGUACCAAACCACAUUGCCCUUUCCAGCACUCAGUACCUCGAGACAAUGUAGCAACAACGGAAGGUUUGAAAGGGUGAAAAAAGUGAGCUUCCAGUUUUCCACGAGACUACCAUAGCGGUUUUCAUCCAAUCAGCAAUAUACUCCUCUUUCCAUUUUGGGCAACUUGAUUUCUUAUUAACUAAAGUGUUCUGA